AGCACUGCGCCAGUAGGUGGGAGAAGGGGAAGCAAGCCUUGGAAUAAGGGUGUAGUAAUUUGGCCGGAAUAGCGUAAGCUAUGGUGGGUCGCAGGCCAUUGCUUGCUGUGACAUAACCCGUGCAAAGACUGUCAUGUAGUGGGAUUGGCAGCAGAGCCAUCAGGUAGUUCUCACGCGUGAAUUGGAGCCGUGGCAUCAAACCUCCCUCUCUCCUCAUCUCCCUCUCUCUCGCUAUCUCGCUCGGUGCGUGAGUGUUUCUGGGUGCCCAUCUCAUUUCUUCAUAAAGUGGAUCCUCCCAAGCCUCGUUUACUGUAGUGUUCACUUGGUUUUUUUUAUAACUCUUGCUCUCCACUGGUGGGUGCGUAGUUGCCGCUGAGGAAGUCGAGAGAUCAUGGCGGAGCACUUGACUGAAGAACAGAUUGCCGAGUUUAAGGAGGCGUUUAGCUUGUUUGACAAGGAUGGCGACGGUAGCAUCACUACCAAGGAGCUGGGAACAGUGAUGCGGUCGUUGGGUCAGAAUCCCACCGAAGCUGAGCUACAGGACAUGAUCAACGAAGUUGAUGCCGAUGGCAAUGGUACCAUCGAUUUCCCCGAGUUUUUGAACCUCAUGGCCCGCAAAAUGAAGGACACAGAUUCCGAGGAGGAGUUGAAGGAGGCGUUUAAAGUGUUCGACAAGGACCAGAAUGGCUUCAUCUCCGCCGCAGAGCUCCGGCACGUGAUGACCAACCUGGGCGAGAAACUGACAGACGAAGAGGUUGAUGAGAUGAUCCGCGAGGCUGAUGUAGAUGGUGAUGGCCAGGUCAACUACGAGGAGUUUGUGAGGAUGAUGAUGGCAAAAUAGAGUACAGAUAGUUGUCUAUUAUUUUCUCUUUUCCUUCUUUCUUCCCUCCUGCAUCCCUUUACUCCUGACACUGAAGAAGUGAGGUUUUUCGGGGAAGCAAACUGCUGAACGGCAAGUACAUCCUCUCCUCUAAUUUGGACAUGUCGGAUUCGUCAUUUGGCUGAUGGUGCGGUGUAACCCAGCCCAAUACAGCCAUGCAUCACUUGUACUGUUUCGUUUUUUUUCUUCCUGAAUACUCUCGUUUCGGCAUCUGCCUUUUGGCCUAGAUCAAACCAGCAGGAUUCCCUACCUAGUGGAGGCUAGCAGUUGGGCUGUAGCGGUGCCUUUGGCUAGUAUGUUGCUUUACUAUUUUAUACAUAAUCACAGACCGGAUUCAAUUCCUUAUCAUGCUAA